CUCGUAGAGCCGAAAACAAACACACCACGAUGUCACGAACCCAUCUCGCCUCUCCCUGCCUCCAUCAACGGGGUCGCUUUAAGUAGCCCUGUUGCGAAUGGCAAGCCACACCAAACGGCUCAGACUCAGACCGAUCGGUCUCACGGGUCGUGACAUCGGGGAAAGCGAACCAGAUGGCGCCACUUGCGCGCCUCCUUGUGGCCGUGGCGCUUCUUCACGCCGCCGCGGCAGCCGCCUCGGACGGUGACGGCGGUGGCCGCCGCCGCCGGGCGCGGUACGACCGCGUCUUCAGCUUCGGCGACUCCCUCACCGACACGGGGAACGCGCUCCACCUCUCGCCCACAGGCGGGGGCCCCGCGAGCCGGCCGCCGUACGGCGAGACCUUCUUCCGCCGCCCCACCGGCCGCGCGUCCGACGGCCGGCUCGUCGUCGACUUCAUAGUUGAGGCGCUGGGCGUGCCGCACCCGACGCCGUACCUCGCCGGGAAGACGGCCGCCGAUUUCCGCCGCGGCGUUAACUUCGCGGUGGGCGGGGCGACGGCGCUCGACCUGCGCUUCUUCGAGAGCGGAGGGCUGACGCCGUUCGUGCCCGUCGCUCUGGACAACCAGACAAGCUGGUUCAGGAAUGUCUUGCAGCUUCUUGGAUCAGCUAAAGAGCAGAGGAAGAUCACGUCAACGUCCCUCUUCCUCGUCGGAGAGAUCGGGGUCAACGACUACUUGGUCGCCGGCCUCGGCCGGAACCGCACCGUCGGCGAGGCCAACACCUUCGUGGCGCGCGUCGUGGCCGCCGUCCGUUCGGUCGUCACCGAAGUGAUCGCCGCCGGAGCAAGGACGGUGGUGGUCCCGGGGAUGAUCCCGCUGGGCUGCGAGCCGCAGCUGCUCGCGCACAACAAGGGCGGCGCCAGCGGGUACGACCCGGAGUCCGGCUGCCUCACGCGCCUCAACGACCUCGCCGAGCUGCACAACCGCGAGCUGCGCCGCAUGCUCAGCGGCCUCCGCCGCGCGCACCCCGGCACGGCCGUCGUCUACGCCGACCUCUACCGCGCCGUCACCGACCUCGUCGUGUCGCCGGCUAAAUACGGUUUCAGGAGCCGGCCACUGGCCGCCUGCUGCGGCGGCGGUGGCGGCGCGUACAACUUCGACGACGCCGCGUUCUGUGGCGCGGCGGGGACGGCGGCGUGCGCCAACCCAUCGGAGUACGUGUCCUGGGACGGGGUGCACUUCACGGAGGCCGCCAACAGGCGCAUCGCCUGCGCCGUGCUCGAGGGCUCCCACUCUCACGGCGCCGCCGACGAGCCGGCGCUGUCCAACUCAUGGGCCACGACGGAGGCUUGGCGUCGCAGGAUCGGCUGCGUCUAGUCUCGUUCCUCUCGUGCCUAGUUCUUCUCUCCUACUCCUGGCAUGCAUGUAUGUAGCUACUAGCCAGCCAUGAGACAUUUAAAUUAUGUUAAAUUAUUAAAAAGUGAGGAAAAGCUCCAACUCGCCCGAGCCAGCAAAAAUUCCAAAGGCGCCGGAAGAUCAAGAAAAGACGAGCUGAUAGCCAUGGCCGCGAUUAAUCGAUUGGCAACGGCGACGGUGCGAGGCAUCACUGACUCCGCACGCGGCACGUCUGGAAUCGCCCUCCGCGACCGUCCAUCUUUCCGUCCCCGGGGUCUUCUUCAAUCUGCGGCUCCUACUGAAAUAGCUUCGCUGUAGUUUUUUUACGAAGAAACUGAAGCUAUUUUAAAAAUGUUGGGUAAAAUGGCUUCAGUUGCUUAGGAUCAUGGUAGCCGUAGAGGCUACAAUUUUUUUUUCUUCAGUCGCGUAGGCAAAGCUAUUUUACAACUUAUUUAUGACCUACGUAAUGAAAUUAUUUUAAAAAUGGUACUU